UGACGCGGCAAUGCGGAAGUGAACCGCCGCCUCAGGAAUAGAAAUGGCCGCUUACAGGUGCAGGUCCCCCUCGGCUGGACUGUUCAUUCUUUUAACUUUGUGCGUGUUUAUCGUCGCGGACAGUCAUGAAACGACGCUAACUAACGACCACCAUGCUGGCGCGGCGGAUAAUCCACAAAAAGGUGAAGCAACAGCCGAGCAGCCCGCGGUGGAGGAGAGGCGGUGGGAAGCUACCGAGGUUGAAGGAGCGACUCCCAGUGAUGCUGCAACUCACACACAGGACGACACUUCUAGCCCUGAAACCCAGGUCUUCUCAGCAGUACCACCGCCUAAAGACGAUUUCCAGGAGGAGCUGGUCAUCAGACCCUUGCACUCUGGAGAUAUUUAUGCUAGCUUCCAGUUCCGCACCCUGUGGGAAACAGAUUUCAUGAAGGGAAACAAGGUUUCCCACUACCGGCUCUUUCCAAAGUCCCUGGGCCAGGUGAUUUCCAAGUUCUCUGUGCGAGAGCUGCACAUCUCCUUCACACAAGGCUACUGGAGGACCAUGCAGUGGGGGCAGCCCUUUCUCCCGUCCCCUCCCGGUGCUGAAAUCUGGGUUUGGUUCCAGGACUCUGUGACUGAUGUGGAUGCCACGUGGAGGGAGCUGACCAAUGUCCUGUCAGGCAUCUUCUGUGCUUCGCUGAACUUCAUCGACUCCACCAACACUGUUCAGCCCAGUGCUUCCUUCAAACCCCUGGGAAUAGGCAACGUGACGGACCAUCGUUUCCUCCGCUAUGCCACCCUCCCACGAGAAAUAGUUUGCACCGAGAAUCUGACACCGUGGAAGAAACUCCUGCCGUGUGGAUCUAAGGCCGGCCUCGCCGUCCUGAUGAAGUCAGAGAAACUCUUCCACAGCAGUUUUCAUUCCCAGACAGUUCACAUCAGACCGGUGUGUCAGGACCCGCAGUGUAAAAGCACAUCCUGGGAGCUGAGGCAGACGCUGAAUGUAGUCUUUGACCUACACACCUCUGGUCAGGGCAAACGAGAGUGGUCUCUGUUCAAGAUGUUCUCUCGGACUCUGACUGAAUCGUGCCCACUGGCCUCCUCCAGCAAAAUAUACAUCGACAUCACAGACAACCCUGAGGGGGAGCAGUUUGAGCUCAGCCCGGCCACUUCUUUGCUGAGCCAGGCAGUGGUGCUGGGGGACAGACGGACCUUCUCUGUGUACGAUCUGACCGAGCAAGCCACGUUUGGCUCCGUACGCUCCCUCAACCUGCUGAUCCGCUGGAAAUCCACUGAAGGUACCAUGCUGCGUCCGUUGCUCCACGCCGAGCGUUACGUGGCUGGAUACGGGCUGCAGACCGGAGAGAUCCACACCCUCAUGUACAACUACCACCCCUACAGGUCUUUCCCCGUGCUGCUGCUCGACACGGUGCCGUGGUACCUCCGACUCUACGUCCACACGCUGACCGUCACCAGCAAGGGAAAGGACAACAGGCCCAGUUACAUCCACUACGAGCCGUCUAAAGACCGCGUGAGGCCCCACCUGCUGGAGAUGAUGGUGCAGCUCCCUCCCAACUCAGUGACUGAAGUUACGGUUCAGUUUGAGAGGGCUCUGCUCAAAUGGACAGAAUACACACCUGAUCCCAACCAUGGCUUCUAUGUCGGGUCUUCGGUUAUCAGUUCUCUUGUACCCAGCACUGUCGCCAUGGAUACAAACAUUACUCAGACGCUACCGCUUUUCGGCAGCUUUUUUCCCUGUAAAGAGGAGUCCAGCUACUUUGUGCGCGUCUACACAGAACCUCUGCUCGUCAAUCUGCCCACCCCAGACUUCAGCAUGCCUUACAACGUCAUCUGCCUGACCUGCACCGUCGUGGCCGUGGGCUACGGCUCCCUCUACAACCUGCUGACCCGGAGCUUCCAGAUAGAAGAGCCCAACCCAGGACUGGCCAAGCGGAUAGCCAACGUCAUCCGCAGAAUGAGGGGCGUGCCGCCGCUCUGAGGCUGAGGCUUCUCUCAGACAGGAAGUUUUCCUUCUGGUGAAACCACUAGAGAACAUGUAACAUCCAGGGAAAAAAAAACUGAGUCAAACACUGGUACGAAUGUUUUAAGAACAGCCUUGAACGUUUGGUUUUCAAAUGGAAGAAGACUUUUUUUUUGUUUGUUUGUUUUUACAUAUUGAUGAUAUUUUCCUUCAGGAUAAGGACAGAAAAUAUUUUGCUCUUGUUUGACAAGUGAAUGGAGCCAAAUCUGUGCAGUGUGCUGCAGUGGGAGCUGCGUCAGCGUUUUGGGUUGAUUAUUUUAGUUUUGUGGGAACCAUAAUAUUAUAGCCAUCCUGUCUCCUCUCACCGAGGAAACUGGUCAAAUGAGAACAUUAUUCUGGGACAGAUUGGAUCUUGCACUGCACUACGAAGCCUCUGAGCUUGUGUAGAAAAAAAAAGAUAAUUACUUUUGGUCUCACGCUGUGUUCCUGACCUAUUGUUUGCAAUCUCCCUGUGAGGUAACAUAACAUAAAGUGACACAUUAGGUCAAAAAGACUUGGUCAGAAUGUCACUUUUUUUAAAAAAAUAAAUAAAAUCAGACCUCAGCUAAGACUUUCCCAACUGUUUAUUCGCACACAAUGAAUCAAGAAUGAUUUAAUCUCUAUUUAUUAGGAUGCAUAUUUAUACCUGAUGCAUUGUGUCCUAGUUCUAGGAUGUGAGAUAAGAACGAAUUCCUGCGAAAAUGGAAAAGAAAGAAGGACAAAAUCCUAUUUUUUUUCCAAACCUGGACACAUCAAACAUGUUGCUUGUUUGGAAUUAUGUGUUUUAGGUGGAAAAAAAAGCAACUGCUGUCUUACUUAACAUUUAUUUUUGCACUAUUUUGCUUGGAUGUUAAAUUGCCUGAACAUCUCCAUAAGAAAUCGCCAUGAGCUUGUUGAAUUUUAAUUGCUUUACUCUUCAGUUUAAUACACAUGUUUUGGACCUUACAAUGAAAACCGAACAUGUGUCUCGUUCGCCUGCCUGGAAGUCCAUGCCGUUUGAUUUAGUUUGAGCAGCAUUCUGACAGAACUUGAAUAUUAUUGCCAUUUUCAAUAAACAUCUUUCAUUCAGAUGA